AUGGAUGAAUACAAUCGAAUAGAUGUGCAAAGAAACUCAGGGAGACAAUCAUCACGCCCAGUCUCAAAGUCAUUAUUAUCAGGUAAAUCAACACCUAGAGGUUCUCCUUCAUUUAGAAGAUUAAACUCCAGUCGAACCCCUAGAAAAGAUGGAAGAACAGGUGGAUUUGGUACUAAUUGUUUCAAAAGCAACCGAAUUGUACUUUGGUUGCUUCUGAUCACUCUUUGGGCUUAUGCUGGAUUCUAUAUCCAAUCAAGGUGGGCUCAUGGUGAUAACAAUGAAGGGAUUUUCGGGGGAAAUGAUUCAAAUGAUGAAUCUGAUAAAACCGAAUCUGAACAAGUUCAUAGAAGGGACUUGAGUGUGAGUAAUGACUCAUUCACAGAUCAAGUUGUGAUCAAUGUCAAUCAGCCUGAUGUAAAAAAGACAAAUAUGGUCAAGAACACCACUCAUGGUGUACCACAGUCGCACACAAUUAUAGCCAUAAAGAAACGAACUAAAAGAUCAAGGCGUAAACGUGAAGACAAAGUUUUGGAAUGGAGCCCUACAAAGCGAUCAGGGACAUGUGAUAGGAAAAGUCAAUUUGCACGUCUUGUUUGGUCAAGAAAAUUUGUUUUGAUAUUCCAUGAGCUAUCAAUGACUGGAGCUCCACUUUCAAUGAUGGAGUUAGCAACCGAGCUUUUAAGCUGUGGAGCCACUGUUUCUGUAGUUGCUCUUAGCAGAAGAGGUGGAUUGCUAACCGAACUUGCAAGAAAAAAAAUUAGGGUUCUUGAAGACAAAGAUAAAAUCAGCUUCAAAACUGCCAUGAAAGCAGAUCUUGUCAUUGCAGGUUCAGCUGUAUGCUCAUCAUGGAUUGAACAAUAUCUUGAUCACUCUGUGGCUGGGACACGUCAGCUUGUGUGGUGGAUCAUGGAGAAUCGACGCGAGUACUUUGACCGGUCAAAGCUUGUUCUAACCGUAUAA